AUGGAUCAGAGAAAUAUCUCUUAUGGACACACAGACGAAGCACCACCCGACAACACGGUCACUCCCAACAGUCCCGGAAGGGCGGGGGUUGAGAGGUCUGCACUUGCAACAGCGGAUGCUUACGAGGUGGCAACGCGUCGGCGGCGUCCUCAGAAAUGGCAAGCAAGAUACAGGGCAAGACGAGCGGCGGAGGCAGCAGCAGCUUUGGAGUGGCAGCCACCUGCUGCUCCUGGUCUGGGUCCCGUUCAGCACUCUUCGAACUCGAAAGAACCCUCCACCCCCUACGUCCCACUGGUGGACAUGAUGGCCAUAGAGCGAAAUCGGCAGAGAGCUCAACAAGAGCCUCGCUUGAGCUGGGAAUCGAUAAUGGACCUACACGAUAACGCUGUUCGUUUCGCCAGAUCGAUCAUUCCUUCACCUUUGCCGCCGCCUCAGACCGACAACGGCGGCGUUCCGCCUGUAGAUUUGCAGGCGCCCCUGAGCCAUCCAUAUGUCUUUGUGGGAGAAGACAUCACCCCUCGUGCAAGCGCAGCAGCCGUGGCCGAUCUCGGGGCCUGUCAGACCUGGCCGCCCACCGAGGCAACAGGUACAAGUGUGCUCCGUCCAAGUGCUCUCGACAGGCAAGAGACUUCCGCAGGACCGCCACUGCCCCAUGGUUCUCAACUGAGGCAGCCUGCCAAUCUCAGCGAAGGACUGCUCUUGAUCCCGUCGCCCACGAGCGCACCACAUGUUGAGUGGGCGUGCGUCGAAUGCCUGCGCACACAUGAAGAGAACGCCAGUCUCGGCCACUUCGCCGAUGGCAGCGGCCAUAUUGCUGCCGCCAUUUCUCUCGAUGGCUUCGGUCUUGUUGCUCGAUACAUCCCCGCGGGUGCCACCGCGGUCGCUCUUCCUGACCCCCAGUUCGGCGCCCCUGAUCAGCCCUAUCUGGCUCCUCUUGACGGUGAUGACCCUCUCUCGACUUCUUGGAACCACGGCUCUCUGCUUUCAGACCUCUCCGCCGCUCUCAAUCAGAAUCACGUCACCUUCAAUUUGCUGUGCCCAUUUCUUGUCCACGGCGUCUGUCUGAUCGACGGCAAGAGCCCAGCCACUGUUGUCAUUCUUGUGCCACGCGCCAGUCUGACGGUUGACCAGGCACGCGACGCGGUUCGUCAUAUCUGCCUCGUGCUACGGCAACAUGAGUUACACAAGUCGGUGGCAGUCGAGCUCAUUGAGGGCGUCUACACCAGCCUGGAGAAGCCCAAGAAGGGCCCUGCCGACUUUGAACGAGGCUUCGACACUCAUUUCUCCAUCACCCCAAGCUCGGGAGCCAGCAUCGGACCGGCCGGCUCGUCUACUUCUGGCACUCUUGGAUUCUACCUCGUGCUUAAGAUUGCCCACAAGGACGGCCGUAUCGAGACCAAGAUCCUGGCUGCCACUGCCCACCACGUCCUCUGCCCUGAUCGUCUGGAAGCCGUUACUGCACCUACCGCUGCCACCCAGGGCUCGACCAAGUGCCCGACCCUUUCCAUCCUGCAGCCGAGCACCGAGGACCUCAACUGCUGGAUUUCGACGCUGAGACAAGCCACGAACCAGCCUCCCCAACAGAGCGGUUUCAGCACCGCAGCGACUCUCAAUUCAGCACAGGGGUUUCAGACCAUACGCCACCAGCUCGCCGUUGCCGAGAUUGGCGCACCGGGACCCCUUGGUUCCGUUCUGUGCACCUCAGGCAUAGCCACUUACCAGCAUAAGUUCUGUACCUUGCACCUCGACUGGGGCCUCGUUGAGAUUCCUACACAAGAGUUUGUGGAAGAGAUCGAGCGCCGGUUGAACAGUGAUCCGGCCGUCAUCGCUUCCGCGGACCGGGCGGUCUUCUUCGUCGGCCGCACCAGCGGCGUGUCCUUCGGUCUUGUCCAACCUUCUCGGGCCCUGCUGCGCAUAAUCGGCCAAGGCGAUGUUGGUACACUAGUCACCGAGCAGGUCGUUCUACCUACCCACUCCUACGAUGCUUUCGCCAGACCUGGCGAUUCGGGUGCCCUGCUUCGUGGACGGGCUAAUAGGCAUGUCGGUCUCGUCUAUGGCGGAUUCCUCAAUGAUCCCUCACCGUCUCCGAGGGGACAGGGACUGGGCCGCGCCCUCGCCGUCCCUCCUGACCCCCUUUUCCGCUUCAUCGCCCUCCCGAGCGUUGACGCGCGCGGUAUCACUAUGUACACGCCCCUCGAGGUGGUUCGAGAGAGCAUGCUUGACAAGUUGGCCAGCCUCUUUGUGGAUGCGAAGCUCGAGCUUAUGAUUCCCGCCUAA